CGAACGCAUCCAUUUUGAAAGAUGGAUGUGCCUCGCGCCCCCCUCCCCCUAAACUAAAUCAUUUCUAUCACCAGUCACUUUGCCUCAGGAAAGGUCCUUGGUGGAGGUAGGAGCCUUGUUUAGAAUGAGUUGCCUCAAAGAGCAAAACCAAAGAAGUCUGGACAAUGGAUCCGAAACCUCCGCUGUCUAUUCCUCUGAGAACUAUGGUCGCCUCCUAAGAACAUUGGACGUCAACAUUGAUUCAGAUCACACAGACUUCAGUGUGCCAGGAGUGAUGCCCCAUGGUUCAGGUGGAGAGUUGUCAGGGUACAGCAGAGAAGCUAGGUCCAGCAGGAUGGACCACCACUGUACCAACUACAGAUUCUACCCACCACCACGUGAUGCUGAGCCCUCACUCCCUCAAUACCAAUUUGCUACUCAUGGAGAUUAUGUGCUCCCCCAGUCUAGCCCGUUCCAUUUAAUGAACCCCAGUUUAGCUAAUAACAGUCAUCUCAGUUCACUUGGUGGCCAGUGGUCAUCUGAGGGCCCAGUCCACAGCAAUAUGUUGUCAGGUGAAAUCUAUGAUGCUGUGGCGAGCAUUUGCCCAGACAGCAAGGAUGACCACGGACGAGAGUCCUAUCGCGAACAGGAGACUAUGGCUGAGCUAAUGCCUCAGAAUCAAAUGGACAUCAGUCAGUCUGCCAACGGGCCGCUCACUGUGUAUCUGCAGCACCUAGACCACCAGCUUGGGGAGAACGCCACUGUUGUGUGCAACAUGAGUGGCCGAGGGCAGAUGGUGGUAAUGAACCACUGUAGCCCAGGUCAGAUGCUCCACUCCCUGCCUCCUGGCCACCCUGACUCCAGUCCAGAGACCCACUACUACACCACAUCCUUUAAGGAAAACUCAGAGCAGAGCUACUCAAUGGGAAAAGCUUCUCAGUCCUACCUGCCCUCUAUGAGCCUGCCUCCCAUUGGGCCAAACCACAGCCUCCUUUCCCCCAACCAUCUGGUCUCCUCUGGUCCUCCUGGCUCUGGAUACAGCUACAACCACAUGCCUGCACCCUACUUCUCACAGUACCAUCAGUAUCCUGAGUAUCCUGACUCCCUAUGUCUGGUCCCUGAUGGCCAGUCCACGGCAAGCAGUGUCUUACGUCUCAGUGGAUCUCUAUGGGACUCCAAAUCCAAGAAGCCCUGCAACUGCACUAAGUCUCAGUGUCUCAAACUUUACUGUGACUGCUUCGCUAACGGCGACGUCUGCAGCAACUGCAACUGCAUCAACUGCUGCAACAACAAUGAGCACGAGUCAGAGAGAUACAAGGCCAUCAAGAUUUGUCUGGACAGAAAUCCUGAGGCGUUCAGACCAAAGAUUGGAAACGGGAAACUGGGAGAGAUCAAAGGACGCCACAACAAGGGCUGCAACUGCAAACGCUCAGGCUGUCUGAAGAACUACUGCGAGUGCUAUGAGGCCAAGAUAAUGUGCUCAUCCACCUGUAAGUGUGUGGGCUGCAGGAACUACGAGGACAGUCCAGAGAGGAAAACCAUGGUGUGGGACAGCCCUGACACCACCUUCUACAAGAAGGCCAAAUGUGACAAGGACAAGAGAGGAGAAUGGUCUCCUCCCUCCUUCUUUUGGUCACUGUUGGUCUUUUGGCUGAUAGGUGUCCUCUGUCGUGCAUCACGCUCGAUGUCGUGGAAGCCACAUGCGGCUGUCUUCUGGCGCAAGCAGAGGAGGCUGAGAAGGAAGGCUACAUGCUGUGUCAAGCUGAGAAAAUGAUUUUGGAGGAGUUUGGCCAGUGUUUGACGCAGAUUGUUCGGUCAAUAUUUAAAUCUACUAGCUUGUAGAUAGUCUCGUAGGACAAGUUGAUUAACAUUUUGGAUAUGGUCUGUUCUAGACAUGGUGACAUUUAAGCUGCCAUUUUUUAUCAACAUGUUUAUCAACAAGAUGUUGUGAAUUGUGUAUGCAUAUGUAUUUAUUUGUUACAUAAUUGAUUUAUGCAUGUAUUUAUGCAUUAAUUUAUUUAACUUAUUGACUCACUUUAGUUUAAGUCUCAGAAUGGAGGACAGUUCCAUCAGCUCUGGGUCAUAUGUCAUUGGUUUGAAAUAUGAAUCAAAAUGGAGUUCUUGUGAACAAUUCUUUCCAUUUCUUUCAUCCUUUCUUUGUAAGAUGCAGAAAGAAUGUUUAAUUUUAUGCAAAUGUCCCUGUUGAGUCUCUGUUAAAAUACAACAUCCAAAUGUACUGAUGAGCAUUCUGUGAAAAUAAAAUAUUAAAUACCGACAA